AUGGAUUUAAUUCUGAUGAAAACUUUAUCAAAAAGGAAAUUUGCUAAAGAUGCGCCAGUCUUGCUUAGACGAAAACGACUUGCAUCGAAUGGAGAAGUGCUGGAAACCCAUGACAAUCCGGGUUACGUUGUUGUAGGAAUUGACAUUUUUCAGUGUGUUUUAAAUGGCGAUAAAAAAGCUGUUGAUAACUAUUUAUUGUCCGGAAAAAACCCCAACAUUCGAAAUAGAGAUAAAAACUCGCUUCUUCAUUUAGCAGUGGAAGCAGGGAAUGUCGAUAUCGUGGACAUGUUUUUAUCCGAUGAUCGAUGCCAGAUUGAUAACAGCAAUGACUUGGGACAAACCCCUCUAAUGUGCGCUGUGACACUGAACGAUAUGGAGUUGGUUAAAUGUUUAAUGAAAGCAGGAGCUGAUAUAGAAAUGCGAGACAAUACAGGGAAAACUUCCUUACUGAUAGCUCUGCAAGAUUCCAACUACGACAUUGCUGACUACCUGAUCAGACACGGAAGUGACGUCAAUGUAACAGAUACACUUGGACAUAGUGCACUUUUUAUUGCUAUUAACACACUUGACAGGGGUUGUGUCAAGAUAGUUUCUAAACUCUUAAAGGCUGAUUACUCCCUGGACAAAGACAAGGAAUGGCUUAAGAAAGAAGGACUGGAAAUUGAAGUAAACAAGCCUCAAAAUAGAAUCAAGCGAGUACUACGCAAAGUUUCUUGUGGCAUUAAUUCAACCGAGAACAAGGAGAAUCUGUUGUCGCUUUUCAAUAUCCGCCAAACAUCUGACGGAGAUUCCAAACUUCACAUUAUGAUGAUUGAAAGAUAAAUAUAUCGUAAUAUUGUCGUAUCACUGUGUACUAAAUGUUAGUUUGAUUAAUAAAAGAUCGCCUAUGGUUUGUGCUUGGCUAUGAUAUCA